GUUUUCUGGAAGACGAUGAAGCGGAGAGGCAUUGCGAGGAGAAGUCACCGGAGUCAGAGUUCAUGGUUUGCAUGGUCUUUGGCGGAAAGUUCGGAUGGCUUCGUGACGAAUACACCGCGGGGGAGCUGUGGGGCACCCUCCGCCCGCUGCACGAGACACUGCGCGAGUGGCUGGAAGAGGGGCGAUGCUCUCAACUCAUCACCUGGGAUGAGGACGAGCAGUGUUAUGCCUUGUCUGAGCCGUACAAAUCCUACGUGGCCUGGAACGACCCCUCGAAUUUGGCAGCCAUGGCAAACGAUGCGUUGUACGGCUGCUGCAAAGACCAGGCCGAGUACAACGUGAAAGACGUCGACCGGAACAACUUGGUGAUGGUCCCGUGUGCAAGGCCUGCCGAGGAUGGCGCUCGGGUCGAGUUCAAAAGUAUGUUUCUUUACCCACGGAAGGGUUGGUGCUGGGAUGUCCCACAAGAGCUGACUUUGGGCUACGGCUUCGAGGAGCCAGACCACGAGGAGCCAGCUUGA